GCAGCUCUGAGCUGUCCCGGUGGCUGGACAGCUCACAGGUAUUCCUGCCCCACCCUGCCCUGCCUCCCAGUGAGUCUUUGCUCUGAGUUCUCCUUUGAAGAACAAAACCCAGCAACCUUCAGGGUCCUACUGUGACAGAAAAGAUGGUCCUUAAAACCAAAGAAGACGAUGUUCCCAGUGACCUGACUGCAGAGGAGCGCCAGGAGCUGGAGAACAUUCGGCGGAGGAAGCAGGAGCUGCUGGCUGACAUCCAGAGGCUGAAGGAUGAGAUAGCAGAAGUAGCUAAUGAAAUUGAAAACCUGGGGUCCACAGAAGAGAGGAAAAACAUGCAGAGGAACAAACAGGUAGCCAUGGGCAGGAAAAAAUUCAACAUGGAUCCUAAAAAAGGGAUCCAAUUCUUAAUAGAGAAUGAUCUGCUGAAGAACACUUGUGAAGACAUCGCCCAGUUCUUGUAUAAAGGUGAAGGGCUCAACAAAACAGCCAUCGGUGACUACCUGGGGGAGAGAGAUGAGUUUAACAUCCAGGUUCUUCAUGCGUUUGUGGAGCUACAUGAGUUCACUGAUCUCAACCUCGUCCAGGCCUUACGGCAGUUCCUGUGGAGCUUCCGGCUGCCGGGAGAGGCCCAGAAGAUUGACCGGAUGAUGGAGGCGUUUGCCCAGCGCUACUGUCAGUGCAACCACGGGGUGUUCCAGUCCACAGACACGUGUUAUGUCCUCUCAUUUGCCAUCAUCAUGUUGAACACCAGCCUGCAUAACCCCAAUGUCAAAGACAAGCCCACCGUGGAGAGGUUCAUUGCCAUGAAUCGAGGCAUCAACGACGGGGGAGACCUGCCCGAGGAGCUGCUCCGGAAUCUGUAUGAGAGCAUAAAAAACGAACCCUUUAAAAUCCCAGAAGAUGAUGGGAAUGACCUUACUCACACUUUCUUCAACCCAGACCGAGAAGGCUGGCUAUUGAAGCUCGGUGGCAGGGUAAAGACUUGGAAAAGACGCUGGUUCAUUCUGACUGACAACUGCCUUUACUACUUUGAAUACACGACGGAUAAGGAGCCCCGUGGAAUUAUCCCAUUAGAGAACCUGAGUAUCCGGGAGGUGGAAGACUCCAAAAAACCAAACUGCUUUGAGCUUUACAUCCCCGACAAUAAAGACCAAGUGAUUAAGGCCUGUAAGACAGAGGCUGACGGGCGAGUGGUGGAGGGGAACCACACGGUGUACCGCAUCUCAGCCCCAACACCUGAGGAGAAGGAAGACUGGAUCAAGUGCAUCAACAGUGAGAGGCGGGGCUCCCUGAGGACUCCCGGGGACGGUGCCGCCCCCUUCUGGAUGGUGGUGUUAAGGCACAAGGCCGUUCUGAGGGUGAGACAGAUGGUGCAGCGCCGUGCUCAGCACGCCACCUGGACUCAGGUAGCCCCGGAUGAUGACGGCUGUCGGAAGUGUGGUGUCAUCAGAGGCCGUCCCACGUGCCGUGGAGCCCAUGAGGCACCGCAGCGUUUCUGGCGUCACCACCAAUAAGGAGGCUCAGGCGUCCUCUGUGCUGGACGCACCCUGAGGUCUGUGUGGAGGAGUAGCGGCGCCUUGGGGACCUGUGGCCACGGAGAGCUCCUUACCCAUGUCCCCGUACCCUUUUUUUUACCACGUUUUUUUAAAAAAUACUUGACUCUUUAAUCCUUAUGAAAUGUAUUUUUUGCAUGUGGUUUGAAGUAAAGGAUGUAACCUUAUUUUCACAAGUGAGUGGCCAAUUGUCCUGAUACCGUUUAUUAAUCCAUUUUGUCCAGUCUGAAGCGCCCUCUUUAGUGUGGACCAACUUCCUGUGUGUGCACGGUGACCGUGUCUCUGUGUCUCUGGGUCCGUGUGCUGUCCUGCAUGAUCGUUAGGGCAUCAGAGCGUGUGUUGACAGGGGAUUGUGUAUAGCCUCCCCCAACUCAUUGUUCUUUCAAAAAGGCUCUGUCUGCAGGUGUACAUUCUGCCUUUCAUGUCAUUGUACUUCGGUAGCCAGAGAACCCGAGCCCUCCUUACGGUCAUGCUUGGAAUGGUUCAGUCCCUCCAUCGAGGUGAAUGCAGAGCCUCCUCGGGGGUGGAUCCCGGGGUCUGCCCGGAGCUGGCCUCAUCUCCUUGUGGGAGUUGCAGACACUGUUCCAGCUCCACGGCUCAGCGCCCUUAACCCUCCCCAGACCCCUGGGAAGGUGGGUGCAGCAGGAUGGUUGUUCCCAGGUGACAGAUGAGGACACAGGCACAGCGAGGUGAAUUCACUCGUCCCGAACCACAGACCCGAGCCUUCUGACUCAGGGAGCCGUCCUCCUCCACGUGCGGCGCUCAGCUCCAGCCACCCUUGGCUCUGACGCUCUCCCAGUGAAAAUAUUGGGGCAGAGGCGCCAGAGGAGGGACCUGAUCGGAUGGAAGUUCUUCACGAUGUUGCUGGAAAGGUUUUGCAGAAGGUCAAGUUGCAGGCACAUUUUCUCUCAUCAGUGCUCUUCCCAGGAGUUUCCAGCUACCUCGGUCCUGGUGCUCUGGGCACGUGGUCACACAGAAUCGCGUGUCUCUGCAGACAGACCUGCAGCGCAGCGACAGUGGCCACUGAGGGAGAGCUUCUGCUGCCCGGUGUCGUCUCCGCUCUGCCUUCCCAGGGCUGGGGCAGAGUGUCUCCAGGGAACAUGUGAGGACGGCCGUGAGAAGCACAUGUAUGUGCAAGGCCGGGGCAGAGCUUCCAGCCCCAAGCACUUCACUGUGUCCUGGCCCCCGUCACGUGGACUGGAGAUGUCCCGCGGCGUCCCUGGGGGCUUGGCCCACCCAGGAAGCGGAGGUGGACUCACCCUAAUGCUCUGAAGGUGGAAGCAGGAUUCCCUCCCGAGCACUCCGAGUGGUCAGAUGCCUGCAUGGCGGGGUCCCUCAGGAUGUGUUCCGGGCCCUGUCCAGCUCCUGCCUCCCCCGGAGCUGAGUUGCUGUUUCGCACGGACACAUCCUCUCUGUGAACGGGGCCCGGUCAGCCCGCAGGAGCCGUCAUGCACCUGGUUAAGUGCAGUCCACAGUCAUGUGGGCUUGUGACUGGCCCAGAAGCUAGUUGGCACCUGGAAUACUACUUCUCAGGAAAAGCAAAUGAAACUUCAAAACGUGGAUCACACCUUGCUUGAAAGUGGAGAAUGACAAAUACAGAGGGACAGCGGAUGGCUGAGGCCUGCCAUCACCACCUGUGCUGGUGUCGCUGGGGCCAGUGCAAGGGCUGCUUGGGCUCCCUCCCCACCAAGCUGUGGACACAGAGCAGGCUGCUGGCCUCUUGCCUGGGCCCCGACUGCCCAGUGAUGGGUCUUGGCUGUCGAGCUGGUGCUCUUGGGAACUCAGAAGUUGCUCGGUACAGAGGGUGGCCGCCAAUCAGAUGCACCACGUGGCAGGGGACACACGGGGUUGUGUGAUGGUUACUGUUCCAGACAAAUGCCACUGUCAUGACGGAACUAAAGCACUGCGCUUGUUUUGCUGCGUUAGAGCACAGCUGUGAGGGCGUAGAGGAUUCCUAAACUUAAAUUUAUUACUUGGUUGAAACAGGCAAUAAGCACCCCACAGUGACCUUGUCGCCUGUACCACGUGUCUCCCUCAAAACUUGUCUUUUACGCCACAUGUGGACACAGUGAAGGUUGAUGCCGUGACGUGGCCUUUAAAGGGAUGGUCGAGCAGGGAGGGGGUCUGGGGCACGGCUGCUGCUAGGAAGCCCCUGCCUGGGGUCGUGUCUCCUGGUCCUGUUCCUCAGUCUCCUCUGCUUUCUCCCCUUUUCUGUG